ACAAUCAGGGGUUGAAGGGGGGGUCUCCGAGUGCUCACUUUUAAAUGCGCUUUGUGCAGCGACUCCAGCGAGUCAGUUUAAGCUUCAGGUGUGAGGACUGUGCACCUCUCCCGGAAUGAAUUUAAAAGGAUCGCAGAGUGUGGCUUCAUUUGCUGGGAAAGAAUCACUCCCACAACGGCGCAAACGCCCCUUCCUAACUGCGUCAGCUACGAAAAUAACAAAAGAAGGAAACCUCCAGCCAUGCGGGCUGUUCCCGAUGAAAGCACAAAAGCAUGUCAAGUCCAGUACAACUUUAUUGUCCAAAAUGAAAUGAACAAGGACUGAUGUGUAAGUUUUUUAUCGCGUCUCAUACAUGCGGAUUAAAAUAUUUGAAAAUUGAAAAAAACUAUCUAUUGAAAACGCUAAAAGGUUUUUAAUGGUCUCACUAUGCCAACUUUUUUGUUAGACAGUAUCCAAAAAGUCUCAAAACAUCCGAAGUAACAAAAAAAAAAACAAAAAAAAAGGAGAAAAAAGAAAGGAGGCAGUUUCUCUAAAUUCAGCCCCCUGACCAUCCAUCCAUCCAGAUCAAAAACUGUUCAACGAUUGUAUGACGGUGUGAUAAAAGCUCCUUUUACCAAUUGUCAGCCGACAUACUGUCCAUACACAGAUAUCCUUUCAUCUGCGCGUUUUCCAAUCUGCUUCUUUGUUUCAGGUUUUAUGGGGAGCUGGAGCCUGCCCAAGCGGACUUUGGAGCAAAAGGUGGGCAACACCCACGGGUGACCGUGACAGCGGCAAUUUGCGGUACGACAACCUGAGCAGGGAACUGAUCUGUCACCGGUGUCGGCAUUUUGGAAGUUAGCCCGCAAGGUUAAGGCCGCGCUCAUGCCGCGGUCAUGCUUGAGGCAAAAUUCCCCCUUCCGGCACCAAAGGAAUCUUCCCGGAUGAUCUGCCUGCAGGUGAUGCCGUCGUUUGUGCUGGCUGGCCUCGGCAUGGUGACGGCCGGCAUUCUGCUGGACCAAGUGCAGCACUGGACGGUCUUUCAAGAGAUCUCCGAGGUUUUUAUCUUGGUUCCAGCCCUGGUGGGACUGAAAGGGAAUCUGGAGAUGACGUUGGCAUCCAGACUGUCGACAGCAGUGAGCGCAAACACAAUUCUACACACAGACACACAAAGAAAAAUGUUGACAUCCACAGCCAACACCGGGCAGCUGGAGGAACCUCAGCGGCAGUGGAGAACACUGUGCUGCAAUUUGGCUCUCAUCCAGGUCCAGGCCACAGUGGUCGGUUUCCUGGCGGCUGUGGCAGCAGUGAGUCUCGGGGGCCUGACGAGAGGUCGAGUGGAUGUUGUCCACGCCGCCAUCCUGUGCGCCAGCAGCGUCACCGCAGCCUUCCUUGCGGCGCUGUCUCUAGGCCUCGUGACGGUGGCCGUGAUCAUCGGCUCCAGGAGAGUGGGCGUCAACCCGGAUAACGUAGCCACGCCCAUCGCUGCCAGCCUGGGCGACGUCAUCACUCUGUCGUUGCUCGCUGCGCUCAGCAGGUUUUUCCUCUGCUACAGAGUGUGUGCCUUUUUCCUGCUCCUUGCGCCAUUGUGGGUCCUCGUUGCCCGCCGGUCUCCACCCAUCGCGGAAGUCCUGAAGUCAGGCUGGCAGCCCGUUAUUUUGGCCAUGUCACUCAGCAGUGUGGGUGGCCUGAUUCUGGAUAAGACCUUGAGCAAUCCAAACUUCGAAGGAAUGGCCGUGUUCACUCCGGUUAUCAAUGGUGUUGGAGGAAAUCUGGUUGCCAUUCAGGCCAGCAGGAUGUCUACCUAUCUUCACUAUUGGAGCAUUCCUGGAGCUCUACCAUUCAAAAUCACCACGGACUGUCCUGGACCCUUUGCUACUUUCUUUUCUUCAGAUCUGAAUUCCAAGUCAGCCAGAGUCCUAGCCAUGCUGGUCGUCCCAGGUCACCUUCUUUUCCUCUACGUGAUCCAUCUUGCGCAGGCGGGGCACGCGGCCAUGACGGUUGCCUUUGUGGUUUGUUACCUGUCUGCAGCGCUGCUUCAGGUGGUGAUUCUUCUGCACGCCGCCAACCUGAUGGUGAGGUGGCUGUGGCGAAGGGGCUUGGACCCAGACAACUUCUCCAUCCCCUACCUGACAGCACUGGGUGACCUGCUGGGAACGGCUUUUCUGGCCCUAAGCUUCCGACUGAUUCACCAGAUCAGCUCUUGAGGGGUCGGGAUUUGAUCGACAGCAUCGAUCUACUGGGACCCGUACGAUCAUGCGGGACUUUCGAGUUAGUGAGCUACCUUCUGGGUGAUGUAAGCCAUCCUUCGGUAGGAUGUGUUGAGUAAUGCUCGCACUUUCUACUGGCCGGUUAAUUACCGUAUUUUCGGCACUAAAAGGCGCACCUAAAAGCCUUCCAUUUUCUUAAAAGCUCACAGCGCGCUUUAAAACCCGAUGCGCCUUGUGUAUGGCCAUUCCGGUAAUAUGUCGACCCCAAAAUGGCUCCUUGCUAGAGACAUGCGUACACCGCAGAGUUAAAAUCUAAGACGAUCGGUUUCACAGUUGAACACGGAAAUAGAGCAUAAUAGAGCAGGGGCAAGAAAGUUCAACAUUAACGAGUCAAUGUUAUAAGUGAACUGUGUCACUGCUUUCUUAAAUAGGUUUUACUGACAUCUGAUCGUUCUCUUGGUGUUUCCUUGAGCGUAGCUCCAUCUAGUGGAUGCAUUGUAGAUUGCAUGUUAUAAUGCAAUAAAUUAAAGUAAUUAUAAAAUAGGCCAGGUCAUUGAAGGUGCGCCUUAUAACCCAGUGCGCCUUUUAGUGUGGAAAAUACGAUAUGUGAGACAAUAUUUUAGUUGUCACGGAGGCCUUGGUAUAGAGCUAUUUAGGUCCGUAGACUCCGACACGCGACUCAAAGUACCGUAGCUUUGUAGAUGCUGACCUUAAAUUUCAAAGCUAAUCUACUUACGGAAAAAUAAUGCUGUAUAAGAGUCGAUCGCAAUAACCAACGCAAGUAUAAAUGUGUCUAGAAACAAAUAUCUCAUUAGUAUAAAUGACGGUCUACUUCACAACAAGACAUUUACCGGAUGGAAGGGAAAAUGGAGCAUUUUACAAUACAAUACAUAUUUAUUGAUAUCGCGCUUUCACAACAACUUGGGCAGUAACAAAGCGCUUCACAGAACUAUUUUGCCGUUGACUGUCAGUGGGGAGGUCAGACUUGAAGAGUUGGUUUGGUCUUGCUCGUCUCAGAGUUACUGCCUCAACUUUAAUACGAAUCCAAAAUCCGUGGAAUACACAACGUGUUUAUUGUGGAAGGUGGCGAAACGCUCGCAAAAUAAGGUUAUUGCGCACUCGUUUCCGUAGUUGCUCGCUCAAUUCGUAGCCUGACAUAGUUGCGUAUACCGAAAACAAUUGAGUUUGACGUGAAAAGAAGAAUAUGAGACAAGAAGAAUCAACAUUUCCACUUUUGGUUGCGGGCGUUUACUGUUUUCCAUAGAAUAGCAUUGGUAAAGGAACACCGGAUUUUCAGUUCAAAACAAAAGUAUCUGAAAGGUCAUGGGGGGGGGGGGGGGGCGUCAGGAUGGCUCAGUGGUAGAGUGGUUGUCUCUCCACAGUCACUCACAGGUUCCACAAUAUCAACUCGCAUAAAAUAUUGGUCAGUUCUUUUAAACAGCACAACAAAUGUCGAUGCAAGUACCUGGAAAGAAAAGAUCAACUGCAAAGCUCGUAGUCAUUUUUCGAUGACAAACCCAAAUGGUUUCAGACUAUUGUGUCAAUAAAGGGAUUGUUUUGAGCGUACACACACUUCUUUGAACUGUUUGCUCAAAGCUGAUGCACGUCUGUGUGAUGUAUUUAAAAAAACAAACGUUUUUUUUAUUUUUUAGGUUUGUGUUUAGAAUUGUAUUUAAAUAUUAGGAUUGUCAUGCUCUACUGUUGCGGUCAUACAUCAUCCAAUAAAUUGUGUUGCUUGGGUGACAUUUAUUUGAGAA